AUGAGAUUGAGUAAUACUGUGGUGAAGAAGUUUAGAGCUGCAGAUCAUGUGACCCCAGCUAAGGAUGCGGAGGAGAUUUCUGCUUCAAUAUUUAGUUUGACGAAAGAGGAAGUUGUAGUUGCCCUAACUGAGGUUGCUGCUGCCAUUGGUGAGCCAAUGGACAUCAACACAGCCUUGCCUCUUGUGAUUGGGAAGCCCAAAGUUCAUGGUGGGCUUGCACGUGGUUUACACGAAGCUGCCAAGGCAAUUGAACAGCACAAUGCACAUCUUUGUGUUUUAGCUGAUGAUUGUGACCAGCCAGAUUAUGUUAAACUGGUCAAGGCACCCUGUGCUGAUUAG